GCGUCCGAUUGUCUUUGUCUCCAUAGCAGCGUUGGUCUUCGAGGUGAGAAGUCAGCGAAGGCAAAUCUGAAGUCUGCUUGAUUGCUUGAGUCAGAUCUGAUCCAGUCUUUCGGCACCGAGAAGGCGAGAACCGAGGAGGAGAACAUGGCGGGUGACGGCAACGGCCGCGCGGAGCUUCCCCGGAUCGCGGUGAUCGGCGCCGGUAUCUUUGCGCGCACGCAGUACAUCCCAAGGCUCCGCGAGAUCGCGCACCUCGUCGUCCUCAAGUCCAUCUGGAGUCGCACCCAGGAAUCUGCAAAGGCGGCCGCGGAGCUUGCUCGUGACUUCGCGCCUGAUAUCGAGUGCAAAUGGGGUGAUGCGGGGCUGGAGGAGAUCAUGGGAGAUAGUUCAAUCAUGGGCGUUGCUAUUGUUCUCGCUGGGCAAGUCCAGGUUGAGCUUUCCCUAAAGAUGCUCAAGGCUGGAAAACACGUUAUUCAAGAGAAACCUGCUUCUGGAUCAACAACAGAAGCAGAAACUGCACUGUCAAUCUACCACUCAUUUCAAAACCUGUUCCCGCAUAAACCCAUUUGGGCAGUCGGAGAGAACUACAGAUUUGAGCCUGCCUUUAUUGAGUCAAGCAAGCUGAUCAAUGAUAUUGGGGAUAUGAUGCACAUCCAAGUUAUCAUCGAAGGGUCAAUGAACAGUUCAAAUCCAUAUUUCAAUAGCACCUGGAGACGGAAUUUUGUGGGUGGUUUCAUUCUGGACAUGGGUGUUCACUUCAUUGCAGGACUACGAAUGCUUGUAGGUUCAGAAAUCACAAGCGUAUCUUCUAUCUCCCGUCAUGUGGAUAUGGCUUUGCCGCCACCAGAUAACAUAUGUUCCCUCUUCCAACUGGAAAAUGGAUGCGCUGGUGUCUUUGUGUUUGCCGUCAAUUCAAGAUCACCAAAGAUAUUAUGGCGGGUCGAUGGAACAAAAGGAACAAUUCAGGUAGAACGUGGAGUUGAUAGUGGAAAACAUGGCUACCAGGUGUUAUUCUCUGGUGAAAAUGGGCAGUGCCAGAAGACAUUUUACCCGUUCUGUGGAGUGAAUGAAGAACUGAAGACGUUUGUCCAUGACAUGUUGGAAGCUGGCAAAGAUGGAGAUCACAAGGCUGCACCCCGUGGUUCUUAUGUCGAAGGCGCCCGUGAUGUUGCCGUGCUAGAAGCCAUGUUGGAAUCUAGUGCGAAGCAAGGAGCCCCAGUUCAAGUGAAGAGAUUCUAACAGAUCCGAAAUGUCACAUAAAAGAGACUACGUUUCUUCUAGGGUGAUUUGUCCAUUGGAUCAUAUAUUUUCGGUAGUAAAAUGAACAUUGUUCCAAAUUCAUGUACAUACCGUCGAGGUUAUAUAUUAAAUAUAUAUGUGAAAAAAUGACAUACAUUAGAACCACCAUUCCUACACUCGUAAAAAUCAUGUACCUUUUCUUAUACACUAGAUAUGUUGCCCUAUUAGAUAUUAUAAAUAUUAGUUUUUUUAC